AUGCUCUUCUCUAAGCUUCUGCGCCCUAUAGCAGCUACAAAAAAGUUUGCUAUCUGCGCGGAGCUCGCGGAAGUCCUUCAGCCUCGUGGCAGCCUCCUCCCACGCGUCAACACUCGAAGCUUCACAAGACCCAGUUUCGAAACAUGGCGAAAUGUAAGAGGCGGACCUAGCUCGACAGGUAGCCGGCAACAGCAGCGAGCCUUCCACGAAUCCUUCAACACACGCCGCCGCCAAAUUUUCCGACGCAUCGAGCCGCACAAUGCGCGCCCCCUCAUCACCCCCGAGCAAGUGCGGAGAUUGUUCGCCUCGGGGCAGUUCAGGGGCUUUGCGAUCCUCGCCGCGGGUGGGGUUACUAUAUUCUACUUCAUGAACAUCGAGACGGUUCCGGUGUCAGGGCGGCGGAGGUUUAACUGCUACAGCGAAGGCAGUGCUGAGGAGCAGGGAAGGUUGGCGUAUAACCAGAUCCUCUCUGAGGAGGCGAGAAAGGGCAAGGUACUACCGGAAUCCGAUUCCAGAGUUAAGAGGGUGAAGACGGUGCUUGCGCGGUUGAUAGAGGCGGGAGACUUGGGCACGGGACAAAGUGAUAGCAAGAAGGGCGACGGAUGGACGGUGCACGUCAUUGAGGAUCCGCAUCAAGCAAACGCUUUUGUUCUCCCGGGAGGCAAAGUCUUCGUCUACAGUGGAAUAUUUCCCGUUUGCAAGAACAACGACGGGCUGGCGGCGGUUAUGGGCCACGAAAUUGCACACAACAUGGCGCAGCACGCGGCAGAAAAGAUGAGCCAGAUGGCAUUGCUCCAGCCGAUAGUUUGGGGGCUCAUGUAUCUCGAUUAUACUGGAGUUACAAUGGGAUUAGGGCGAUUUUUAGGGAGCAUGAUGCUCGACCUUGGAAUUAUGAGAGUUUCCUCCAGAGAGCAGGAGAGUGAGGCAGAUCAUAUCGGCCUCAUGCUUAUGGCGGCAGCUUGUUAUGAUCCCAAGGAGGCGGUAGGGUUGUGGGAGAGAAUGGAGAGGCUAGACAAAGAAACGCCUCCCGAAUGGCUUUCUACACAUCCGUCGAAUGCGAAUCGAAUCCAGCAAAUUAUACAACUAUUACCGCAAGCGGAAGAUAAAUACCAGGAGAGCAACUGUUCAUCGACGGUGGGAUACAACAACGCCUUUCAACACGCCAUUGGCCGCACCCUAGUCUUCCGGUAA